AUGAACGCAGCGAGGCGUGUAACGCGUCAAACAGCAUCGUUCAGUAUCAAUGAUGAAAACAAAUUGCAUGGGCAAAUAUCACGGGUGAAACAAGUAUCAACACAAGCUUUGGAUGGGUUAACAAAGCCAUGGACAGCAGCAACGCGAAAACGCGCAGCUUUAGGCGAUGUAAGCAAUGUUCAUAAUAAGGAAAACCAGGCAGCAAAGACAAAAGCACAACCGUUAAGUACAAAAACACGUGUGGUGACUAAAUCUGCAGUGCAAACUCAUCAAACUAAAGAAUCUGUUCAUACAGUACCUACAGUAGAUUUGCAUGGCGAAGAAACCACACGGAAAAGGAGGACAUCAAAGGUACUGACAGAGCAAAAAUUGGUGGUCGAAGUGGAACAAACACAAGCAAGUAAAAAAGUGAGAACAGAUGGCCUUUUAAAUACAUCAGCGCAAGAACAUCCUCCAUCACAGGAUUGGGAUGAUUUGGAUGCAGAUGAUGCUCAUGAUCCGUUGAUGGUCUCGGAAUAUGUUGAAGAAAUUAUGAGUUAUAUGAGAGAAUUAGAGGUAUUAACACUUCCUUUGCCGGAUUACAUGGAUCGACAGAAAGAACUUCAGUGGAAAAUGCGAGGAAUCUUAGUAGAUUGGUUAAUAGAGGUUCAUGCGAAGUUUCGUCUUCUUCCAGAAACAUUAUUUCUUUCUGUUAAUAUUAUCGAUCGGUUUUUAUCUUUACGAGUAUGUUCCCUUCCUAAGCUUCAACUGGUAGGAAUUACUGCGCUUUUUAUUGCGGCAAAAUAUGAAGAAGUUAUGUGUCCAUCUAUACAAAAUUUUAUGUAUAUGGCAGACGGUGGAUACACAAAUGAGGAAAUUCUAAAAGCAGAACAAUAUGUCUUACAGGUUCUUGGAUAUGAUAUGUCAUAUCCAAAUCCCAUUAAUUUUCUGAGAAGAGUAUCAAAGGCAGAUAAUUAUGAUAUUCAGACACGUACAGUAGCAAAGUAUCUUAUGGAGAUUAGUCUUCUUGAUCACAGAUUUUUGCCUUUUGUACCAUCUAAUAUUGCAGCUUCAGGCAUUUAUUUGGCUAGAAUUAUGGUCACUGGUGGCAAUUGGAAUGCUAAUUUAAUACAUUAUUCGGGCUAUAAAGAAUCAGAUCUUGUUCCAUGUUCUAAAAUGAUGCUGGAUUAUCUUUCACGAUCAGUUAUAAAGCACGAAGCAUUUUUUAAAAAAUAUGCCAGCAAAAAAUUUAUGAAAGCUAGUUUAUUUGUUCGCGAUUGGGUUAAAAAACAUUAUGAUCUUGAAGCAAAUGUGCGAUUGAACACUAUUUCUUUCGAUUAUGAUAAUCAUGAACUAAGUGAAAUACAUCAGGAGUUUGACGAAGAAGAGGUAUCCCUAUAGUUAAAUGUUUUACAGACAUAUCUAUUUUUUUAUACUAGUAUAUUCUUAUAAUGAUUUGGAUAAAUAAAAUAUUUCUUGAGUUUCUGAAGGUGCGUG